AUGUUCACGCCAUGGAACUUCUGUCUUCCAAAAAGCGGAGGGAAAAUCGCAACUCCGACUUUUUCGCAAAUAUUAGAUUCUAUCGAAGAAUCUAUCAGUUCUUUAUCAAACAGCAAGGUUAAUUUGAAUAAUAUCAAUACAGUGGUUAACUAUUUUCAAGCAGUGACCGCUCCUUCUGCACUUCCUCCUCCAUCAAAAGAAUUUUUCCCGAAGAACUCGUCCGGCCAUUCCGUAAAUCUUUCGACGAAAUUCACGGCCUAUCAUGGUAUGGCAUCGAAUGGCAAGUUCAUCUUCCUUUUAGUCGCAGAAGGACAACUCCAAAUUUUCCCAUUGUUCAACCAUGGUGCUCUCACUAACCCAUUGAUCAGACAACUCAACUCAAAGUUUGGUACAGAGUGUUCUCUAUUAGUUGUUAAUGAAAAUUUGCAUGUUUAUUUCGGAAAACAAGUUUAUAUUUAUUCGAUCGCACAAAUACUCUCAAAUACUGAGGAAUUAGUACCUCGUAUUGAAAAUGUCGAAAAGAACUACAUCGCAAUUGUUUCAAAUGGCAUUACUCAUGCAUGUGUUGAAUCAAACUUCUUAAUUCACCUCUAUCAAACAGCAACAAACAAAUUGAUACGAUCUGUUCAACUAAAGGCAGGAAAUAACACAUUAUCCAAAGAAUUAAAAGAUUUAUUCCCAACUACAGAUUACCAUCAAAUUCCGAUGAUAAUUAACGGCCCAUUCAUCGGCUUUUUCUACAGAGUACAGCCAACCAUGACACUUCUACGCGUUUUCUCUUUGAUAACUGGUGAACAUAUUUUAGAUGAUAAUUACUCAUGUACAGAGCAGUUUUAUACACUCAUGAAUGAUAUAUACAGUCAGUCAAUAUGGGCUGUUGUAGGACCACGUCUUUGUCUUAAGAGAUUUUACUUUGCAGGAUCAUAUGAUCCGCAGUUGUUCGCUGUAGACUAUGUUCCAGCCAACCCAUCGAAAGUAAAACUCAGUAAUUGCUUCAUACAGUUCGCAGGAGCCCUUCAAAAGAACUUAAUUCAUUUGAUCGGUUCCCAGAUCAUUCCGAAGACACUUUUACCUGAGAAGGACCACUUCGCUCAGACCGAGCGUCUCAUCGAUAUGCUCAUGAGCUUCCUUGCGACAACGAAUGGAAUGAAAAUGAAAGAAAAAAUCGCGAAAUACAAAGAUGUAAUGGUCCAAAACAUGGUAAUUAUAUUGGACUUGAACUUGAAAGGUAUAGAACUCGCUGAUUCAAAGCAGCCGACGAUUGUCAACAAAGUAUUUGAUGUAAUGACUUUCCUUCAGCCAGAAUUGAGGACAUUUUUGUUCUUCAACCACUUGAAGUUCUUCAUGUUCGCUGAAAAUGAAGAAGAAGUCUCAGAUUUCGCUCUUUCCAUGAUGUGUAGCUUCCUCGAAAAACUGACAUCCGAUGAAUUAAUUCACUGGGCUCUCUCAAAAGUUGCAUCCUCCAGAAUUUUGCAACAAGUUACAAUGAUGAGGGAUAAUGCAUUGAAAUCGUUGAUUCCAACAUCAACAAAGAUUCCUCCACCAAAACCAAUCUUUUCCAGUCUUUUGGUCAUUCAUCAACACGCGAUGAUCAGAAUUGCACAUGAAAAACUCAAAAAUGAUCCAUUCUUGCCUUUAACUGUACCAGAUAACGAGCUCAACCCUACGAAUCCACUCCAUAACCUCGGUGUUUACCUCAAUUUCAUCAUCCAAAGAUUAGAUUCCGCAAUUUCUGAAGUGGAAUCAGCAGAAGAACUCGCUAAUUCCGUGAUCUUUAGGUUGUUUAAGAACUUGGUUGAUUGUAUCUGCUGUCUAACAAGAUUCCACACUGUUGCACAGUUAGUUACAAAAUUAUUCCAUGUUCUUUUGGCAAAAAUUGGUCAAUUUUUCGCCAGAAUUGAAUUCAAUGCCGAAAAUGACAGUAACCCAUUAUCUGAUUUGAUCAGAGUUUUCCUUUUCUUGUUCUCACAAUUCGCUGCUACAUUAGUUAAAGGCGGUGUUUUGUCUGUUUUCGAGGAAAGAUUCAUUUGGUUAGUUCGAGCGAAUAUUUCGAUUGUCGACAAAUAUAAUUUGCAGACAAUUACUCAAGAAGAAUUCGAACCAUUGGAGAAUCCGAAGAUCAAUGAGUUUCUUGAAGGAAAGAUUGAUGUAAUGACUUUAUUGUAUAAGAAAUUUAAGCCAUUACAAAACAAGAAUCUCAAAGAAAACAUCAAGAAACUUGAUAGAUUAUCAGUCAUUGCUUUUGCAAUUCAUACAAACGCAGUUGAUGAUUUAUUGAGUUUAAGUGAAGACAAAACAAUUUCUGGUUUAUUGAGGAAAUGCAUUGAACAAAUGUUUAGAAUCAGAAACACCGUUAGAGAACUUAUACAAAAUGGAAAAGAAGAAGAAGUCAAAGUUAUCGAAGAAAGAAUCAGAAUGUUGAUAAGAAUGAAAUCCAAUUUCGAUGGAAUAGAAAAUCCCUCUUUGUUAUUAGGAGAUUUUGUUCUUUGUGAUACGACGCCAAGUAGAAUCAUGAAGAUUUUGGCUCAGCAAAGAUCAAGAAUACAAACAACAUUAGUUGGAUUUAAUUUGAUUGAUGAUACUUAUAACAUGGCAAUACAUCCUCAAUACAAUGAUAUUAUAUCAUUUACUUUAUCUAAGAUAGAAAGAUUUGAUGGUUUAAGUACUAUCAUCAAAAUGACUCCAAUUGAUGAUGCCCAGAAACAUCAAAUCGAACAAUUCUUCCAUAGAAUAUUGAAACUAAUCCAAGAUGAUUGCAAUACAGAUAAAUGGAUUUUAGUUGCUUAUAGAUUCUUCAGAGAUAUAGAAGGAUUUGAAGAUAUAAAGAGAUUCUUUUUGGAUGGAAUUCUUCAAGCAUUCACAUCAAAUCCAACAAGAUUUUCUUUAUUCGCAUUAUGUUUCGCUUUGAUUCCUUCAAUCAAUGAAUUACCUUCUGCAUUGGCAAAUGUUAAUCACAUUCAACCAAUCAGAUACAUUUUGUUGAGUGAAGCUUUGAAAUACAUUGAUUGUCCAUUGGAUUUAUUCCAACAAUUUGAUAAAGUCUUUUGGACAAUCAAACCUGAUUUCAGCAGAUUAACAUGCAGAACAAUGUUCCACAUGUUAUCAAGCAAACUAAUUCCUGAUGAAGAAGUCGAAAGAAUCAUUGCAAAGAUGAUUCAUUAUAUAGGUGAACAUUCACUUUUGAACACAAAUAUUCCAUUCUGCAAUGAAAUGACGUGGACUCUCAGAAGAAUGAUACAAUCCCAUCAUCGAGCAGAAAAGAUUAUUAAGAGUAUCAUUCAAAAACUCAAUCCUGAAUCCGAUGAAAAUGAUAUUUGUGGUGCUUUGACAAUAAUUGGUUCUUAUUCUGAGAAAAUAAGACCAUAUUGCAAUAUUAAAUAUCAUUACAAUAGAAACUCUGUUUUCGAAUGUAUCGCAAUUCAACCUGUUGUUGAAGAAAAAGGAAUGUUUUACUAUUGUUUCCAUAGACCAUUUAACAUCCUUUCUCCAUCAAUACAAGUUAAAAUCACUCCGGAAACAAUGAUUUACGCAGUUCCAAUGAUUAUUUUGGAUCCAAAGGAAUUCGACCUUGAUUUCAUUUUGUCUUUCUUUGAUUACGCAUUUUCAAAUGCUUCAAAAGUCACUCAAUCUGUUUACAUGCAAGUUUUAGCUUUGUAUUGUAAUGAAACUAAUUUCGUCAUGAAAUUAAAUGAAACACAUAUGUCGAAAUUAGUUGAAUGUCCAUUACCUUUCUCCGAUAUUUCUUAUACAUUGACAGAGAUCGAAAAGUUCUCUUCAAUGAGAGUUUUGCCUCCUCCUGAAUGUUGUUUCAGCGCCAUGAAAUAUAAAGAUAAUGAAUAUACAUCUUAUAUUUCUCCUCAAAUUUUACCUGAUGCGGAACCAUUCACCAUAAAACUGAAGACUCCACCAGGACAAAUGAAUUGCUUUGUUGGUAUUAUAUCAAGUUGUGUUGAUAAACAUCACACAAGGUAUUCUUUGGUUUCUAUUCCUGAUGGCCAAACAUAUCCUGUUCCUUUGGCACCACAAUUACAUUUGGAAGAGAAUGUUUCUGAGUUAGAAAUAACAUUCGAUAUCAAGAAUUCGAAGUUUAUGAUUGGAACAGCAACAUAUUUCUUCCCAGAAGGAAAAGCAUUUAAGAUCAUUGUUGCCCAACAUAAAACAUUGCAUUUCGAUGCAGAUGUUCCUGAUGCAAACAAAGUAUUCGAUAGAUUUGCAACUCCACCACAAAUUCAACGCGGAUGCAUCGAUUUCGAUGAAGAAACUCCUUUGUUCACGAUUCCUACAUGGGCAACAGAAGAUGUCAAUUUACCACAUGAUAUUUCGAAGAUGACUAAGUCAACAAUUUAUAUUGGAAGACUAACUCCUGAAGAGAAAAUGAUGUCGAACUUUGUUCCUCCUCCUAAAUACAUUUCAAUACAUAUUGGUUUCACAACUGAAGCAUCACAAGCCUUAAUAAAUGAACAAGUCAGAGGACUUUAUAAACAACUGGCUUUGCAGUGGUCAACGAUUGUUUUGAUGAGAAUUUUGUUGAUCAAACAAGAAAUGAUAACAAGUGAGAGAUUGAUGAUGAAAUUGGUCUCUCUUUUGACAGUGAUGCUUGAAGGUUUUGUUCCUUCAGAGUUCGAACUCCAGAAGUUCCCAUUCUCUCUAAGUGUUCCUAUUUGGUCUCCAAAUGCUCAAGCAAACAUCCUUUACAUGGGAUUCGAAAUGGAAUCUCUCAAAGCUCUUAAACUGUUUGUACAAAGACCGCAGUUCAUUUCCGCUUUGUGCAAAGGUUUACAGGCAAUGAACAAGAGUGAAAGGAUGCAUUUGGUUGCAAGACCAUGUAGAAGUCAUCAUUACUUCGCUCCUCCGAAAGAUGGCGAGAAUCCAAUUCUUUGGAAAGAAAAACCAAUUGACUACAAAUGUGGGUCGAACUGCAUUGUUGCUCCAAAUGAUUUCAAUGGUUUCCUUCCUGAAUCAAUUUGUUUCAAGUCUUCUGGAACAAAACAAUUGUAUCCUACUCCAGCAAUCAUUCCUUUGUCUCAGCCACCUCAUAUUAUUGUUUUACAAGGCCAGAACAGAAGAGAAUUCUCUGUUUUCGAUAUCAAUCCUAUGAACAAUACAUGGGUUUAUGAUACUCCUUUCGAGAUGCUUCUUUUGUUGAAGAAUUUCGUCUUUGUUGCACAGACAGAUGAAGAAAGAGCUGCAGCGAAAAGAAUCCUUUUGGAAUGCUUCAUCAUGCAAUCACCAUUUAUUUAUAAUUAUCUUCCUCAAUUUGCUGAUUUGAUGCAGUUACAGAUUCCUAUUACUCCAUUCGAUGAAAAUGUACAAUACAGGCAAUUACUUGCUGUUACAGCUUCAUUGUUACAAGAUAGAAAAGACUAUGUUUCCCAGAGAUUCCUUAUUUUGUAUCUCCACGAUCAACAUGUUCUUACAUCCACAGAAAACAGAAGAUUGGCCAUGUACUUCCCAGAGUUCUUUACAAAGAAGUUUGAUCCUCCUGAAGAUGACCAAAUUGUUGUUCCUGAAGCAAUUAUUGACCCUGGAGCAAUCAAAGGCAAUUUCCCUGGCUACAUUCUUAGAUUAAGACAAUUUGCAAGACAAUACAAGUCAUUGGAAGGAUUCCCAUUCUGGGAAAUUCUCCCGAUGUGGUUCAGAUUGUCCGGAACAUUCAAAGGAGAUGGAGAUUUCAUUGCACCAACAUUAACAGUGACAUCUCCUACUUCUUGCCAUGUUGCAAAUCCAUCGAAAGUCCAGAUCGAAAUAAAGUUUGUCAAAUCAGGAAAAAUCAGUCGAGGAAUGUAUUUGUUCAGAAGCACAAAUGCAGAAUUCGACAACCCAACAAUCAUUGCAGAAAACAAUGUAAAAGACGUGAUUGUUACAUCAGAACCUGAUUUGUUCUUCUCAAUCAUCGGCAACAAACAUGAUACAUUCAAUGUUUUGAAGCCACAGAUGACAUCAUUGGUGAAGAAACCAGUGCAAGAGAAGAAGAAAGAGACAAACAAAAUCUCCAUUUCCAGUAUCAGAUCGAGAUUCAUUGAUGACAUGCAUCAAUUUGCAAUCGAUUGGUCUCCUGCUGAUACAGAAGAACUCAUCACUAUUUUGCCAAGAAUUUCAUUGAGAGAACCAACAUUUGCUGCUAUAGAAAACAUUUCUAAAGGAUGCAGUAUCUGUUCGAAAUUCUCUCCAACAGUUGUAAUGCUCCAUGCUUUGUUGAUCCAUCAUUUCAACUACAUUAGAUACAACUUCUUCAAGAGUGUUCCUCAGAACAUCUGGAACUCAAUGACGUCGUUCCUCAGCGCUGAAGAUGCGGCCGACGCAAUCACGUCCCAGAUCAUUGUUUCUCCUGAAACACUCUUCCCAUCUAUCACUAUCGAUAGACACGCAGCACACAGACUGAUAACAAAUGGAAACGGAGAUCCUUACUACUCAAUUAUCUCACAGUUGACAAGAGUUAUCAGAAACAUCGAACACUUCAAAUUGUGCUGCAAGAAGAAGCCGUGGAAAGUCACAUUCGUUGGAGAAAUGGCUGUAGAUGCUGGUGGUCCUGGUCGUGAAUUACUUACAGAAGCUGCUGCAAGUAUUUUCGAGCCAACAACUCUUUUGGCAAUUUCUACUCCUAAUAUGAGAAAUCACACAGGACAAUACAAAGACGUCUACAUUCCAUUCGACAAGACGAUGUCAAGAUUGCAGGAUUACUACACAAUUGGUGUUUUGCUUGGUAUUAUCAUCAGAACUGGUUUGCAACAAGACUUACCAUUCGCACCAAUUGUUUGGAAAUUCAUUGCAAACGAACAUGUCGGAAUUGAUGAUGUCACAGCCAUUGAUUCGGGAUUACUCGAGCAUUUCAACCAUAUUAGAUCUGUUUCUAAUGAUGCAGACUUCGCACAGCAUUACGCCUUCCAGUGGAAAGUUGAUGACUGGGAUGGAACAAAAGUUUCUCUUCCUGGUCACGACAAAGGAGAUAUUUUGAACAAAGAAGAUGUCGAACAAUACAUCAAAGAAUGUGUUGAUUACAGACUGAAUUCGAUCCUUCCUUUGCUCAGAGAAAUGAAAGCAGCUUUCAGAAGAAACACUGGUUUCAAACACAAUGCUUUGUUAACAGGAGCAUUGCUGAGCAGAAUGGCACAAGGAUCAGGAGAUAUUUCUGUACAGCAUCUCAAACAAAUCACACAUGUUUCAGAUUUCGAAGACGGAAUCAAGAACGAGUACGUGAAGAGAUUCUUCAGAGCUGUUGAUAGAUUGAACAAAGAGCAAAAGAAGUUGCUUCUUAAGUUCAUUACGACAUUGACGAGACUUCCAAACUCAACAUUGAAUCCAGAUUUCAAACUGAAGAUCGACUUGAAAGACUGUCCGAAACCAGAUGAGAUGCUUCCAACUGCUUCAACAUGCUUCAACAAAUUACACCUUCCGAAAUAUUCGACAGACGAAAUUUGUUACCAAAAGUUACUCAUAGCAAUUCAAUAUUGCCAGACAAUGGAAAUCAAAUAA